CGUUGGUACCGCGUCAUGUUGUAUUUCAUAUUUAAUAUUCCUUCUCAACCCUUGAGUAACUAUUUCUUAUUCUAAUAAAAUAUACUAAUAUUACAGAACUACUCUGUUACAUUAGUCGGUCAGCGUCGUGAAUUUAGAUUAACAGUAAUCGGCGCCUCAAAAAUUCCUAUGACAAGACACUUCACAGAUUAUUAUAUUAUUUUGAUGAUAUAAAAUAAUUGUACUGCAAAAUGACUACACCAGGAACCUCGCAGGCGUCACCAGCUGUGCAAGAGUUUAAAAUUCGAGUCCCAAAGAAUGUGAAAAAGAAACAUCAUGUGAUGCGUUUUAACGCCACACUGAAUGUAGACUUUGCGAAAUGGACUCAAGUCAAGAUGGAGAGGGAGAACAACAUCAAGGAGUUCAAAGGAUUAGAUGAAGAUAUGCCCAAAUUCGGCGCGGGCUCCGAGUAUGGGCGAGACAUUCGUGAAGAAGCUCGCCGUAAGAAGUUCGGGAUCAUCUCUCGAAAAUACAAGCCUGAAGAUCAACCAUGGAUACUGAAAGUGGGAGGAAAAACAGGAAAAAAGUUCAAGGGCAUCCGCGAGGGUGGCGUGUCGGAGAACGCCGCCUACUACGUGUUCACGCACGCCGCAGACUCCGCCAUCGACGCCUACCCGUUGCAGGAGUGGUAUAACUUUCAACCUAUUCAAAGAUACAAAGCCUUGUCAGCGGAAGAAGCCGAACAGGAAUUUGGAAGACGCAACAAAGUGAUAAACUACUUUUCACUAAUGUUCCGCAAGCGCAUGCGCGGCGACGACGCGGCCGACGACGGCGACGACCCCGACGACAAGAAGACUAAAGGCGCCAAGGCCAAGAAAGAGUUAAAAAUAUCCGAUAUGGAUGAAUGGAUCGAUUCCGACGAUGAUUCCUCCGGCUCUGAGGCUGCAGAAAAAGACAAUGACAGUGACUCUGGCACCAAGAAGAAACCAAAUAAAAAAGGACCGGUGAAGAAGAAGAAGAAGGUGGACGACGAAGCGUUCGAGGAGAGCGACGACGGCGACGAGGAGGGCCGCGAGCGCGACUACAUCUCCGACUCCUCCGACAGUGAAACAGACCACGAGGCGAAGGCGAACAAAGAACUCAAGGGCGUCGCAGAAGAAGACGCGCUCAGGAAGCUGCUGACAUCUGACGAGGACAGCGAGGAGGAGCAAGAGCAGAAGGAGGCGUCGGAGCCGGAAGACGAGCCGACGCGCGAGGGCGAGGAGCGCGCCAGCAAGCUCACCAAGAAGAAGCCCGCCAGGCCCGACGAGAGGAAGGACUCCAGCAGCGAGUUCAGCUCCGACUCGGACACCGACGCGGAGGGCGCGCCCAAGAAGACCAAGAAACGCAAGGAGCCCGCCUCCGCCGCGACAACACACUCAGCGAGCGCGCCGGGCAGCGCCAGCACGUCUCGCUCGGGCUCGCCGGCGCCCGCGGCCGCGGCUGCUGCGGCCGCCGCCGCCGCCGCACCGCCCGCCAAGCGGCCCAAGAUCGACCCUUCCUACACCGAGUGCGGCGUGACGGAGGAGGCGGUGCGGCGCUACCUGGCGCGCAAGCCCAUGACCACCACGGAGCUGCUCACCAAGUUCAAGUCCAAGCUCACCGGCGUCAGCUCCGAGCGCCUGCUCGAGACCAUGACGCAGAUCCUCAAGCGCAUCAACCCGGUCAAGCAGAACAUCAACGGCAAGAUGUAUUUAAGUAUCAAAAACAACUAACUUGCUAAUGACUCAUAGUAAAUGUAAGAAUGAUUGCGCUCGUGGUUGCGUCUGGAUGCCACUCGCAGAAUUUUCAAAUGUGGAGCAGUAUCAGCGCCAUCUAGUAACUGUUAAGAGGCCCACUGAUUACUAGUUCGCCACAGAGCAUUUCGAACAGUCGUUCGGAGCUCAAAUUUGGCGUUUACCUAACAGGUUGAUAUCGUCCGACGGACUGGUAAUCAGCGGGCCCCUUUAGUUAGGGCCACCUCUCGCUAGCGUCCCCCGUGCGUUGGCGUCUAGCUAGUCUACUGUAUGGCUGCAGGUAGACGCAACGUUGGUGUAACUGCGCAGCGACACCAUUUUCCAUCGCGCUGACUAGACGCCGACGCUCAAAAGACGCUAGUUUGGGAUGGAUCUAAUUAUCACCGAAAAUUAGAUAUUUAUUUGGCUUUUUAAUUUGAACUACAAGUCAGCACGUCAAUAGACGUCUUGUAUGUAUACAUAUAAAAUUAAAAGCCGUCAGUUUUGUAGUCAUCAUGUACAUACGGUUUAUUUUUAUAUAGUAUUAAGUUAGUAUGUAAUUGAUGGUUCGAGAGACUCGAGGAACACUCAUAGCACUGAAAGGAUCCGAUACAGGCCUCGGAACUGGUAAUUUCAACACAGUGACCAUUAUGAGUGCUCUCCAUAUAGUAUUGUAACCACGGUGUAGCCGGGCUAGCUCGCCAGGGAUGAGACUAACUUCAAUGAGUAUGUAGUAAUACAAAAUAAACAAACAAAACUGCGUAAAAAAUAUGUUGUAGUAAGUAAUAAAGUGACGCCAAGAUUAUCUUUGGAUCAUUUAGCCAAGAUAGAUAGUAAGUAAUAAAAGUAAUGGUCACUGGCAUUCAAACACAGCGGCUCGUUAAUGAACCUCUUCAUUAAAAUUGAACUGCAUGCUAUAGCAAACGAGUACCGUUUCAGCGAACACCGCGACAGUAUCUCUCGCGUGAGGUAGAUUACUCGUCAUUUUCUAACUGUAUUUCUUAGAGUGGGACGGGAAGUCGAUCGUGCGGGCGAGAUACUGCCGCUCCUAUCUAAGCUUAGUGACCAUAGGAUCUUCUCUGUGAUUAGGGUCAAUUUUGAUUGACAAAGAAAGUGAAUCAAUUUAUCUUGGACUUUACACCUCCAUUAUUGUUGGCUAACGACGGAAUUGGAUAACCAUAGUGCAUGUGUCCUAAAUUAUUGAUCUAAGUAAUUGAUAUUUUCAAAUACAUGUAUUUAUUACAACGUU